AUGGUGGCCUGUAUGCCGGGGGCAGCCACCCCCACCGCCCUUGCCACUCCAGCGGGCGGCACCCCCGGGCACCCUGGCGGCGGCGCGGAUGCCGGCACGCCGGCCUCGGCAGGGUUCCACCUGGCCGCUGAGCUGGCGGCGGUGGCCUCCAGCGUGCAUCGUGGCUCCAGCGCCCGCUCCGGAUCCGCCCUGGAGGCAGCCACCCCUGCCACCCUGGCCCGCCGGCCGCUCGAUCGGCCGGCCCGCUAUUCCCUGGUCGCCUCCGGGACCUUGCUGGACAUGGAGAGGUGGGUGGCCCGUCUUGAGCGGUGGGGCCUGGAGGCCGGGACGCUGCUCUCUUCCUACCAGCAGACGGUGGCGGAGCUGGAGGACCGCCACUCCGCUGCGCUAGUGGCCUGCCAGGCUCAGCUGCGCUGCCUGACGGCCGAGUUGGCAAGCGCCCAGAGCACGGCGGCCGCCACGCAGCAGGAGCUGCAGGCCCUGCAGGUCUCCCACCAGGCUGAGCUGGCAAACGAACGGGCGGCAGCUGCCUUGCAGCUGCAGCUGCGUGACACCCAGCACGACGCCGAGCUGGGCAAGGUCCGGGCUGCUCUGGACCGCAGCACCUCCGAGCUGGCCGGGGCGCGGGAGCGGCAGGAGGCGGCGCUGCACCAGGCGGCGCUUGCCCGCGCGGCCAGGGACCGCGCCAGCGCGGAGAACGCGCGUCGGGAGGACGAGGUGGUGGGCCUGCGGGUGCGGCUGGAGGGGCUGGAGGCCAGCCUGGGGGAGUACCGCGCCGAGAACGCCAAGGCCGCGGGGAUGAAGGCGCGGUACAAGGCCAUCAUCGGCGAGCUGGAGGCGUCGCUGGGGGCCAAGGAGAGGGAGAAGAGCGCGCUGGUGGCCAUGUGCGACGAGCUGAUGACCACCCUGGAGCGAGAGCGCCAGCAGCUGGCGCGCCAGCAGGCGCCGCGCUGA